GGUCUUUGGUGUGCGACGCACAGUAUUCUGGGAAGGCAGGAGGCGGAAAUUACCUUGUCUCUUGCUCUGGCAGCUGGUGGUUUGUUCACGCUUUUCCAUCUCUGUGAUUUCAAGAGUUAGGAGCUUGGGAACCGUUUGCCAAUAUGUAUGACGCGGAUGAGGAUAUGCAAUAUGAUGAGGAUGAUGAUGAAAUCACCCCAGAUUUGUGGCAAGAAGCGUGCUGGAUUGUAAUCAGUUCCUAUUUUGACGAGAAAGGCUUGGUCAGACAACAGCUGGAUUCUUUCGAUGAGUUUAUUCAGAUGUCUGUUCAAAGAAUUGUGGAAGAUGCUCCACCUAUAGACCUACAAGCUGAAGCUCAGCAUGCUAGUGGAGAAGUUGAAGAGCCGCCAAGAUAUUUGCUGAAGUUCGAACAAAUCUACCUCUCCAAGCCUACCCAUUGGGAAAGAGACGGUGCUCCUUCACCAAUGAUGCCAAACGAAGCCAGAUUAAGAAAUCUCACGUAUUCUGCUCCACUUUAUGUUGAUAUAACAAAAACAGUCAUUAAAGAAGGUGAAGAACAACUGCAGACUCAGCAUCAGAAAACUUUUAUAGGAAAAAUUCCGAUUAUGUUACGGUCAACUUAUUGCUUAUUGAAUGGCUUAACAGAUCGUGAUCUUUGCGAGUUAAAUGAAUGUCCUUUGGAUCCUGGUGGCUAUUUCAUUAUUAAUGGAUCAGAAAAGGUUCUGAUUGCUCAAGAGAAAAUGGCAACAAACACAGUUUAUGUGUUUGCCAAGAAGGAUUCUAAAUAUGCCUACACAGGAGAGUGUAGAUCAUGUCUGGAGAAUUCUUCCCGACCCACCAGUACUAUAUGGGUUAGCAUGCUGGCAAGAGGAGGACAGGGUGCAAAAAAGAGUGCUAUCGGUCAGCGCAUUGUGGCAACUCUACCGUAUAUCAAGCAAGAAGUUCCCAUCAUUAUUGUUUUCAGAGCAUUAGGUUUUGUGUCUGACAGAGACAUUUUAGAGCAUAUUAUUUAUGAUUUUGAAGAUCCAGAGAUGAUGGAAAUGGUUAAACCUUCUCUCGAUGAAGCAUUUGUCAUCCAAGAACAGAAUGUUGCACUAAAUUUCAUUGGUUCAAGAGGGGCAAAACCUGGUGUUACUAAAGAGAAAAGAAUUAAAUAUGCGAAAGAAGUCUUACAAAAAGAAAUGCUCCCUCAUGUUGGUGUCAGUGAUUUUUGUGAGACCAAAAAAGCCUAUUUCUUGGGGUAUAUGGUUCAUAGGUUACUUCUAGCAGCUUUGGGUAGAAGAGAACUGGAUGACAGAGAUCACUAUGGAAACAAAAGAUUGGAUCUUGCUGGGCCGCUGCUUGCAUUCUUAUUUAGAGGUAUGUUUAAGAAUUUGCUUAAAGAAGUACGGAUCUAUGCACAGAAGUUUAUUGAUCGAGGAAAGGAUUUUAACUUGGAAUUGGCAAUCAAAACAAGGAUUAUAUCUGAUGGCCUAAAAUACUCUUUAGCUACUGGAAACUGGGGUGACCAAAAGAAAGCUCAUCAAGCCAGAGCUGGAGUAUCUCAGGUAAGGAAGUUACCUUUAGAACCAUGUGUUUUUAGGUCUGUUUUCUAUCGCUCAUACAAAGAACAGGAGUCUAAAAAAGGAUUUGAUCAAGAAGAAGUUUUUGAGAAACCUACACGUGAAACAUGCCAGGGUAUGAGGCAUGCCAUUUAUGACAAGCUGGAUGAUGAUGGUUUGAUAGCUCCGGGGGUUCGUGUAUCAGGGGAUGAUGUUAUUAUAGGCAAGACAGUCACCUUGCCUGAAAAUGAAGAUGAACUGGAGAGCACCAACAGACGCUAUACCAAGAGAGACUGUAGCACUUUUCUCAGAACCAGCGAGACCGGCAUUGUGGAUCAGGUUAUGGUAACGCUCAACCAGGAAGGAUAUAAAUUUUGUAAAAUAAGGGUACGCUCUGUUAGAAUUCCACAGAUUGGAGACAAAUUUGCUAGUCGACAUGGUCAAAAGGGUACUUGCGGUAUUCAGUACAGACAAGAGGAUAUGCCUUUCACCUGUGAAGGUAUCACCCCUGAUAUCAUCAUAAAUCCCCAUGCCAUCCCCUCUCGUAUGACUAUUGGCCACUUGAUUGAAUGUCUUCAAGGGAAGGUAUCGGCUAACAAAGGUGAAAUUGGUGACGCCACUCCAUUUAAUGAUGCUGUUAAUGUGCAGAAGAUUUCUAAUCUUUUAUCUGAUUAUGGCUACCAUCUCAGAGGAAAUGAGGUAGAUUUGCUCUUACAAUAG